AUGAGUAGUCCGUCUUAUGAUAGACGGUCCUCAUCAUUCAAUCCAACAUUUUCAGAUGAUACCAGUCCAUUAUUAUUUACAAAUGCACACUUUUAUGGUGCAUUAUUUGAGUUUUGUCCAGGAACCCAACCACAUAUUCUUUGGGAGUAUGGUCGUGCUGAUGUUUCAGAUUACGAAUCAUUCAAAAUGUUUAUUGUUAACGAACAAGCACCAUUUGCCCCACUUUCAUCAACAAGUGAAGAACCAACAAUUGUUCAAUCCACUUACGAAAACAUGAACUACUUCGCUAUAUACUCAUGCAUCCUCGAUGUUGAAGCCAAAAGUUUUACACGUCCUAUUGUUUUAAUCAUUUCCAAUAUUAAUCCACAAAUCAUCAACCACGUUUAUCACCUUUACGUUCAUCGCUUCAUUGACUAUGUUAAACAACUUAAAACAUUGGCCGAACGCUAUUUCAAACAUAAUUUGAAAUUAUACACAGAAGAACUUUUAAAAUGUAUUGAAAUUCACAGUGAAAAAUCAACCAAAUUACAAAAGAAAUACAAAGAAAUCGAGAAAACCAUCAAUUACUAUCAAAUUAAAGAUAUAAAUUACGAAAAUGCGAAAAUUCGAAGUCCAGAAUAUUUUUUAUUGCUUCACAACAACUUACAACCACUUGAAUCACUUGCCAAUCUCAGUGACAUCAUUUCAUCACUUGAUAAAUUCAUUACAGAGAUCCCAACAACUUUACUUUGCUCAUCAAUUGCAGUUCAUGCCGAUGUAAACGAAUACGAUCCACAAAUGCAAUUCUCCGGUGUUGAUAAACUCCAUGGCUACAGUACUCUUGCAUUCAGACUUUUCUCAAGGAACUUUACAGAUGAUCGCUACAAUUUGAGAGGAUUUGUAUCGAAUCAGAUCUUUUAUCAUUGUGCGUAUACAUUGUUAUCAGGCCAUACAUUAAUUAUAUGCUCAGAUAAUACACACAUCGCGUUAUCUCUCGCGAAGAAAUUUUGUGUAUUAGUUCCAUUCUUUCAGGAGAGCUAUUUACGUGUAAUAGAUGAAGCCAAUUCAUCAUCUUGUCUCCAAUACUCCGUUGUUGUCUCAAAAACCAUUUCCAAUCCGAAACAAUUUGAAAAUUUCGCCAGUGUUUUAGAUUUGGACAAGAACAAGUACAGAGGUUUCGGAUGUCCACAGACCAGUUUUGUUAUAUCCAGACUCGGAAACUUGAUAACUGCAAGCGAAAGAGCAUUUUUACUUUCAUUAUACACUGAAUUAAAGAAAAUUGCCACAUAUUUCAUAAUUGUUAUAUAUACAAAUGCUUCACACAUAGAGAAGAGCCCAGAAAAGAUAUUCCAAGGCUUAAAAGAAAAAGGAAUUUCAAAGGAUGACGAGCCGAUUUUCAAUUUCUGGCUGAUGUCGUUCUUUAACAAACAUAAGAUGAGACCAAUUCUCAAGAAGACAUAUAAUAUUCCUUAUUUAGUUUUGAAUUUUUAA